UUGGUAAAUAAAGUUAGAUCGGAUAUCCAAUGUUCCGGUUUGGAUGAACAUCACGAGUUCAUCAAAUCCUCCAAAUGGCUUUCUGCAACCUUCCAACUCUCGUACCUUCAUCAUCUUUCCCUCUGCAAUUCCAGUUUAAUUUCAAUCGUAACCUCAUCCGACCAAGAUUUCCGACCAUAACAAUGGCCACAAAAACCGAUGAUAAUGACAACCCCACAAAAUUCGUCACGUUUUUGGGGAAAGGUGGGUCUGGUAAAACCUUCUCCGCCGUUUUUGCAGCUCAGCAUUACGCAAGUGCUGGGUUCAAAACGUGUUUGGUCAUACAUUCACAAGAUCCCACCGCGGAUUAUAUACUUAAUAGUAAGAUCGGAACAACUCCUGUUACUUGCAAUGACAAUCUCUCGGCCGUUAGAUUGGAAACUACAAAAAUGAUUCUCGAGCCGCUUAGUAAAAUGAAACAAGCCGAUGCACGUCUCAAUCUGACACAAGGAGUCCUUGAAGGGGUGGUGGGAGAAGAGCUUGGUGUGCUUCCUGGAAUGGAUACGAUAUUUUCGGCUCUGGAACUUGAAAAACUUGUCGGGUUUUUAAGGAAAAAAACUACAAAGAGUAACCCAAAAUACAACUUUGAUGUAAUUGUUUAUGAUGGUUUAAGCACCGAAGAAACAAUAAGAUUGAUAGGUGCAACCGGGAAAUCAAGAUUGUAUUUGAAAUACUUGCGGUUGUUGGCUGAAAAGACCGAUUUCGGACGGUUGGCGGGCCCAUCACUAUUGAGACUUGCAGACGAGUCCUUAAAUGCGGGAACUAUUAGUUCCGGUUAUAAUGGGCAACUUAGUGGAGAAAUAUGGGACAAGUUAGAGCAAACAUUAGAGAACGGGUCAUCUUUCGUUACAAAUCGAGAGCUAUUCGGGUGCUACCUCGUGAUGAAUUUAAACGAUCCAUUAUCCUUAAACGCAGCAUUACGUUACUGGGGUUGCGCUGUACAAGCCGGUGCACUCGUUUCCGGUGCAUUCGGCAUAGCACAUUCAAAUUAUGACCAAAAACAUCUAGAAACCGCCAAAAUUACCUUUUCACCCUUGCCUUUUGCACCUUUUACUCCUAUUUCAUUUAGCUCCCCUUUGAACUGGGAAGAUAUAAUACACAAUGGUCAUUUUAAGGAUGCACAAGAUCUUCUUACUGCAUCAAAAAGCGGUUCAAGCGAGCAUAUGCAGUCUGUGACGUUUGAUCCCGUUAACAAAUCCGUAACCCUUCUCAUGCCCGGUUUCGACAAGACCGAAAUCAAGUUAUAUCAAUAUAGGGGAGGAUCGGAGUUAUUGAUUGAAGCUGGGGAUCAACGACGGGUUGUUUUUUUACCGUCUCAGAUUCAAGGGAAGGUUGGGGGUGCCAAAUUUGUAGACAGAAAGCUUAUAAUCACAAUGCGUAGCUAACCGCUGUUCUUGCAUGUGAGUCUUCGAUAAAAACUUUGAAUUCAUGUUACUUCUAUACAUCUGAUAGAGUUUCUUGGAAAUUAUGAACAAACACGAUACAAAGAGGCAUAUGUUUAUAAACAACAUAAGAUUUGUGGUUUAAUGGUUAUAUUAUCGACAAAAACAUUUAUAAA